CCCCCCUGAGCUCUCCCCUCUCCCUCCCCAGGCAUGAAGGACGGGCAGAAGAUCACCUUCCACGAGGAAGGCGACCAGGUUCCCGGCCUGGAGCCCGGGGACAUCAUCAUCGUCCUGGACCAGAAGGAGCACCCGGUGUUCCGGCGGAGCGGCGACGACCUCAUCGUCAGGAGGGAGAUCAGCCUGGCCGACGCGCUCUGCGGCUGCCGCCAGGUCAUCCGCACCCUGGACAACAGGACCCUGCUCGUCGCCUCCCAGCCAGGUGACGUUAUCCGGCCCGGGGACAUGAAGUGCGUCCCCAACGAGGGGAUGCCUGUCUACAGGAGCCCCUUCCAGAAGGGCAAACUCAUCCUCAAGUUCGAGGUGAAGUUCCCCGACCCCGGCUGGCUCCCGACCGAGCGCCUGCGGCAGCUCCAAGCCUUCUUCCCACCCCAGGAGGAGGUGAUGGCCACCGAGGACACGGAAGAAGUGGAGCUCAGCGAUUACACGUCCCACGGCGGGCCUGGCCGGCGGCCCUACCCUGGCGAGGCGUACCACGAGGACGACCUGGAGGACGGCUCCCGCCAGCACGUCCAGUGCCAGACCUCGUAGCCGGGGGCCCCGCCGGCCCCCCCCCGGGGCCGGGGGGGGGGGGGGGGCGGCAGCGCGGCGGGGAAGGGGCUCGGAGAGCCGUCACGUUCAGGGAUGUACAUAGGUCGCCUUCCCCGCAGCGCUUGCCCUCCCUCA